CGCCGGGUUUGGAGCACUUUUGAAGACGGGCGGAAAGUGUGUGAUGAGUCCUAGCCUGUAAAAAGAAGCGAGAACUUGCUUUUUGCAGCCCGAGUAGUUCUUCUUUCAAUUGUUAUUGUCGCUUUAAAAAAAUCUUUAAUUCACUUAAACUUGGUGUCGGCCGCGUCGAAAGUGGGAGAAAAGUGCUUUUCUGGUGGGAACAUGGAACUACAAGGCCUGCAAGAGGCGUUGAAAGUAGAAAUCCAAUGUCAUCAGGAUGGAGAGCUGAAGAGACAGCUGCACGACAGGAGAAUAACAGCUCUGAGCGACAAACAAAAUCAGACGUUGUGCAAAGGCCUCAAUGAACUUCAGAACGGACAGAAGCUGGCAGUCAGAAGUUGUCCUGUGGGCUCCACUAAGCCUCUGUCUCUCAUCAAGCCUCCCAGCCAGGGCAUCGCCAUCUCCGUGGUGCCGGCCAAGGCUCCCGUUUCCAUGGUGACCGCACACAUUAACGGACAGAAGGCGGCGAGCUCGGAGCCGCUGCAGACGUCCCCCAUCAACCUCCAGACGGGCGGCAGGGCGGCGGCCGCCGGCGUCGUCCACACGUUCAGCAGCAGGAGAGCCGCAGAGCUGCCCCCCCCCUCUCAGAUGCUGGGAACUCUCGCUGCUGUUCCUCUCAAGGUGCCUCAAGUCAGCUCGCUGCACCGGCUGGCAGGACAAGCCGCCAACGUGCUACCUCAGGUCAGGCCAAAGACCCAGAUCCCGGACAGCCUCCCCCUCAGCCCGUGUCAGGAUCUGGCGCCGCUGAGCGUGCAGCGUGCGGCGGCGGUGGUGAGUCUGAAGAGCCACGGCCCCACGCUGCCCACCGCCAACAGCACCUUCAGCCCCGAGCGCCAGCCCAACGGCCAGAGCGACGCCUCGCCGCCGGCCCCGCCCCACGGCCCCUCGGGGGGCCCCGACGCCGCCGGCCCCGUCCAGCACGCCACCGCGGGGCCCGGCGUGGCGUACGCCAUCAUCGCCGCCUCGCCCGCCACCGGGAACGGCGUGUCGGCCGUCAGCGAGACGGUCAAAGUCCAACCGCUGAUCUUCAGCGCCGACAACAAGGUGAUAAUAAUCCAGCCUCAGGCCCCCAGCAGCUCUGAGGGGCCCCCGGGGGCCCCGGCCGACCUCCCGUCACAGGAAGCUCCGCCCGCCCCGAAGAAAGACGACGAAGACCCCGAGAAAAUCUCGUUCAUGGUGGCCCUCGGCCUCGUCACCACAGAACACCUGGAGGAGAUCCAGACGAAGCGUCAGGAGAGGAAGAGACGGAGCACGGCCAACCCGGCCUACAGCGGCCUCUUCGAACCAGAGCGUAAACGUCUGGCGUCUCACUACCUGAACAGCUCGCUGUUCCUGUCAGCACGAGACUCUGAGGAUUUCUGCUGGAAGGAGGACGUGGAGCAUGACGACCUGUGCUCCGUCUGUAAGGAGGACGGAGAGCUGCAGCCGUGUCACAACUGCCCCCGAGCCUUCCACCCCACCUGCCUGCACCCGCCCCUCCGGACCCCCCCCAGGGGGCCCUGGUACUGCCCCAAGUGCCAGAAGAAGGUUCUGAACAAAGAAAACAUGUCGUGGCCGCAGAACUUCGUUCAGUCGUACGUCACACACAAGACGGUGCGUCAGGAGGAGAAGCGGCGGCUGCUGAGACGAAACGCCGAGCUGAAGAAGGAAUGUUCUCACCUGGAGGAACAAGACGAGAAACUCAACGAGACGCUCAAACAGUGUAUGGACCUGAGGGAGCGUCUCCUGGGACAGCAGAGGGACACUCAGGCGUCUCUGGAGCGUCUCAAGUCUCUGAUCAGGUUGAUCCAGCGCGACCAGCUCAUCCAGGUCACCAUGACGACCACCGCCACCAUCGCCGCCGCCUCGCUGCUCUCGCCGUCCUGGAUCAAACCCACCAGCACCGCCGGCCCCGGCCCCGCCCCCACCGCCACCGCCACCGCCGCCCCGGGCCCCUCGGCCACGCCCCUGCAGCAGAAGAGCCACGCCCACAGCCAGGAGGACGCCACCGACUAGCCCCGCCCCCUCCCCCCGGGCGGCGGCGAGGGCGGUGAUGAUGAUUUUUCUGUUUUUCUGAAUAAUAUCUAACCAUCUUUUGUCCGAGGAGCCGAAAAAAAGCCACAAAAAACUGAGAAAAAAGAGCCUCUUCACUCGAUUCAAGUAUUUUUUAAAACCCAACACCUACAGUGCUUAACGAGAUUUCUUUUUUUAUGUUAUUUUCUAUUUAUUAAUGUUCUUGGCCUUAAUGUAUUUAUUACAAAAAGUUAGAUUACAGCGGCGCCGCGGGAACACGCCGGCAGCCCGAAAGAUAUUUCCCUUUUUUAACCACAGGAAUAAUUCUUGUUGUGCAGAUAGAGAGAAGAGUUAGAUAGACUGUACAGUGAAAUAAUAUCAUAGAUGUUCCUUUCAUUCUCCUAUGAACAAUGUUUUUAUGGAGGACGCUCGCUGACAAAGUAAAAAAAAUCAUCAAUAAAUGAACAAUAAUGAUAAAUAAGUCAAUAUGCCUUUACAUGCACCAAAAAUUAUAUUAAAAAAUAAAUAUAGGUGGUAAUUCAUUCAUAAAAUGUGACAUAAAUUGAUAUUUCUGAUUUAAUUUGCUUCUUUAUUUAUUUUAUUUUAUUCCCUUUUUUUAUUUACUCUUUCUUAAUUUAUUUAUAAUAAUUUUAAUAGUGAAUUUAUUUAUUUUUGACACAGUUUCAAAGACGCCCCACUCAUUUGCAUAAUGAAAACAACAUAUAUAUAAGAUGAUAAAUAAAUAAAAUAAAAUAGAGAAAAAUAAAUAAGUCUGGGGGAAUAAAAGAAGGGAAAUGUAAUUUGAAAAGUCAUGCAGAAACAAAUAAAUACAUUUGAAAAUAAAUAAAUUAAAAUAAAUGUAAAAUAUACAGAAAAAUGCAAAACGAAAUAAAUACAUAAAAUUAAAAUAAAUUAAUUAAAGAAAAUGAUGUAAUUAAAGUAAAUAAAUAUGGGUAUUAAUACAAAGGUUAAAUACAUUUAAAUAAAUAUUAAUUUGUCACAUGUGAAAUACAUUUGAUACUAAAUAAAUAAAUAAAAAAUAAUCAAUUAAAAAUAAACAGAAAAAUGCAAAAAUUAAUUAAAUUUGAAAUUAAAAUAAAUACAAUAAAAAAAUAUUUAAUUAAGGUAAAUAAAUAGGGGAAUUAAUAAAAUCAUUAAUAACUGAGUUACAUUUAAAUAAAUCUCAAUUUGUCACAUUUUAUCAAUAAAUCAACAGUUACAUUUAUUAAAAAUGUAAUUUUUUGCACAUUAAAUGGCAUAUUAAUUUAUUCAUGCUGUCGUUUAUUUAUUAUUUUUUCAUUCCAGCUGCCGUCCUCCACAUGUUUUUGCCAUAAUAAUUCAGGAAAAUGUUUUCAUCGUGUAUGUAAACGAGCCUUCAAACAAAAGCAGAGAAUAACUUUUUUUCAGUAUUAAAAUAGAGUUAAAGUCAAAGAAAAAAGUAUUUAAGAUAAAAACUACAGAAAUUAGCGUUUCUAGUGGAGAUUUUAGUAUUUUCAUGCUGAUGCCUGUUGAUUAAUGAACGUUUGGAGUAUUCAAGGGAUCACUGUACAUAUGUUGUAUUAUUAUUAUUAUUAUUAUUAUUAUCAUCAUUAUCGCAGGUUUUUUUUGUUUUUCACAUGUGAAACAGGCGAAACUCCGAACGUUAACGCUUGUUUUCUGUCCACAGCAACACAAACAACAACAAUAUUAAAAAAACACAAACAACAACAUUAAAAAAACACAAACAACAAUAUAUAAUAAUAAUAAAAAUGUUCAGAAGAUGCAGAAACAAGAAAUAUAAACGUUUAAAUAUUAGUCAGAGUCGCAUUAAAACGUAAAAAGGUUUAUUGUUAUAACAACAUUUUAUUUACAUUAUAACAACUAAAGCUUUAUUUUUUAUGAUAUUUUAACUUUAUUACAUGUUUUUCAUGUCCUAAUAAUUCUUUUUAUGUCAUAUUUUCACACUAAAGUUUUUUUUCACAUUGCAAUAAGACGUUUUUCACGUUAUUAUAAUUUAUUUUUUGUGUUAUAACAAAACACAUUUCUUGUUAUAACCAGAUGUUUUUAAUGUUAUAACAAUUUUUUACGUCAUCAAAUAUUUUCAUGGAAUAACUUUUUUUCUUC